UUCCGCUCGCUGCCUUGCCACAGGUUGCCGAGAGACCGAGUGUAGUUUGUAACAGUGAGGUUAUAAUUUUGGCUACAUGCAGAACACAGUCUGAUACACUGUGCGACAGGAGGCUCUCCAAUAUCUCACAUCUGUCGGGAGGACGGGGAGGGAGAAGAAGCCUAAUAUUUUCCUUGCGACAUUUAACGUGGAUAAGCAUCGCGGUGUCUCGUGCUCCUCCACAAAGCGACAGGAACCAGAUGCGGACUGGACUUUCUCUACGACUUCACUGGUAGUGCUCAGCGGCGGGCUCUCUGUGGGUUACACUGCACGGCUACAGGCCUCACGGAACAUCUGGAGGAGCACCACCGGACCGCUGUGUGAAGGAGAACCGGCAGUGAGAGCAGGAGGAGCAGAGAGAUGCACCGCCAGGAGGACUGAGCCUCCCCCGCCCGGAUCAUGGGAGAGCAAAGCAGGGUCUGGCAGACAUGAAGACCCUCUGCGUUGAGCUGGGAGGAUCUGCAGCCGUGGCCCCGUGUUCAGCGUGAGCUCCGCAGCGAUGCCUGCCCCCCCCGGGGAGGAAUGGUUCACUCCACUGCUGCUCCCCCCCCAGAGGCCGGGGACAUUACCAGUCUCUGCUGCCUGGUUACGGGGCUGCUGAAGCUCCCGGAGAGCACGUCGAUGGAGAACGUCUCCAUGGGCUCCCGCUCCCCCCCCGCCCCGCUCACACCCACAGCGGGAGCCCCGGAGAGCCUGCAGGGCGUGGGCCUCCCUCUGCAGGUGUUCUUCUGCCUGGUCAUGGCGGCCAUCCUGCUGCUGGCCCUGCUGGGGAACGUGGUGGUGUGCCUGAUGGUGUACCAGAGGUCGGCCAUGCGCUCUGCCAUCAACAUCCUGCUGGCCAGCUUGGCCUUCGCCGACAUGAUGCUGGCCAUCCUCAACAUGCCCUUCACUCUGGUUACCGUGGUGACCACCCAGUGGAUUUUCGGGGACGUUUUCUGUCGAGUGUCCGCCAUGCUCUUCUGGUUCUUUGUGAUGGAGGGCGUGGCUAUACUGCUUAUAAUAAGCAUAGACAGGUUUCUAAUUAUUGUCCAGAAGCAGGAUAAGCUGAGCCCUCAGAGAGCCAAGGUGCUCAUCGUGGUCACAUGGGGGCUCUCCUUCAUCGUCGCCUUCCCCCUGGCGGUCGGUUCCCCUCCCCUACACGUCCCCCCCAGGGCCCCUCAGUGUGUGUUUGGCUACAGCGUGGAGCCUGGGUACCUCACCUACGUGCUGAUCCUGAUGCUGGUCUUCUUCUUCCUGCCUUUCAUGGUCAUGCUGUACACAUUCAUGGGGAUCCUGAACACCAUCCGCCACAACGCCAUCCGCAUCCACAGCCACCCGGACAGCAUCUGCCUGAGCCAGGCCAGCAAACUGGGCCUGCUGAGCCUGCAGAGGCCCUUCCAGAUGAACAUCGACAUAAGCUUCAAGACGCGUGCCUUCACCACCAUCCUCAUCCUGUUCUCUGUGUUCACUGUGUGCUGGGCCCCCUUCACUGCCUACAGUCUGGUAGCUACCUUCAGCGAUGGCUUCUACCACAAAGACAGCUUCUUUCAAAUCAGCACAUGGGUCCUGUGGUUGUGCUACCUCAAGUCAGCCCUCAACCCUCUUAUUUACUACUGGCGGAUCAAGAAGUUCCGUGACGCCUGCCUGGAUCUGAUGCCCAAGUACUUCAAGUUUCUUCCUCAGCUGCCAGGCAACACCAAGAGGAGGAUCCAGCCCAGCGCCGUGUACGUGUGCGGAGAGCAUCGCGCCGUGGUCUGAAGGAAACCAUCACACAUCUUUACACACUGUAGCGUGUUCUGUUUGGAGGUUCACUUCUCUUACCCCCAGUUUCCACCGGGUCCGUCUGCGCCGCGCUGCGCCGUGUUACGGUUGCGCCGCGGCGGUCGUAAGGAUCGCGGCCACUCUAGUCAAUGGGUGCUAUUCCACCACACGUGCCGCGUUA